CAGAACUGGGGCCGGCAUUUUUUUACAUUCAACAUUUUUCCACUUCUCUCUUCCAAAUGGAUGGAGGAGACCAAACAAAAAUUUCAGAUUAAGCACUAUCGGGUUCAAUCUAGGUUACUCUAGGGGCUAUCUUUAUUCUCUUCAGUGGUAAAAUCAGGAUGUCAGUGCUUUGUUCCCUGCUUUAUCUUUACAGCCACUCUUGUAGUACUAGCUCUUAUCACUAUAUUGUGAUAGUGUGAGUGCUUAAAAGAUUAACAAAUAAUAGUGCUGUGGUCCUGUGCAUGUGCAGAAGGAAGUCUCCCUUCAAAGAAUACAAACAAAAGAGAGAAAACUCUGAGAAAUGGAUGGUUUAUUUAUGCUUUGAGUUGAGAACUGGUGCCUGUACCUCCUGACCUGUGAAACCUGUGACAGGGAAGAUGCUGCAGGUGGCAGUGGAUGCUAUUGCUACAGCCCUGUCCAGGAUUGGCACCCAGCAGUUGGGGAGCAGCCAAUUGUCCCCAACAGCUACCAGCAGUGGCUGACCUGGCAAUUCACAUUCAUCACAUCAGAGUUGUAGGUCACUUCAGGGCAGCAGCUUCAGGGCAACUUCUGUCUUCUCCUGACUAAAUGAACCCAAAAAGAGGCAGUCCUGGUUGUGAAAUGGCUGUGUUGCCUGGGGUAUGAUGCUGAACCUCUUUCCACCUGCUUGCUGAGGAGAAGGGAUGCAUGAGUGGUUUCUUCCACUGCUAGACAAGGAAUGAUAAUGAAGGAUAGCAAACUGAUCUGCUUUAUCUGGGCUGUGUUAAAGGAUCUUUCAAUGGGGGAGGAGGAAGAGGGAGGAGCAUUUUUCAUCCCAGGGGUUCUCCUCCACUUAACAGACUCCUUAUGUUUUUGUUAUGUUUUGUGUUGUUAUACUUGGUGAUUUACUACAGUAAAAAAGGUAACAGCCUCAAAUUGUGCCAGGGGAGCUUCAGGUUGGAUAUUAGGAUAUUCUUCUUGGAAAGAGUGAUGAGACACAGGAACAGCCUGCACGGGGAGGUGGUGAUGUCACUGUCACUGGAGGUGUUCAAGAAAUGUGGAGAUAUGGCACUGAAGGACACAAUUUAUUGGGCAUGGUAGUGGCGGACUAGACAACCUGAGUGUUAUUUUCCAACAGUUCUGUGUGGUUUUAUACUAUUUGUGGUUCUGUCUCCCUUCGUCACCAACACAUCUUCAAAAAUCAUGGAACCAUACAAUUAUUUGGGUUGGAAAAGACUUCUAAGGUUAUCAGCUCCAGCUGUUAACCCAGAACCACCAUAUCUGCUGCUCAACCACAUCCAUAAGCAUCACACCUACACGUCUUUUAAAUACCUCCAGGGAUGGGGACCCAACAACUUCCCUGGGCAGCCUGUCCCAAUGCUUCACAGCCCCUUUUCAUGAUAUACUGCCUAGAGGUCCUCUGGAGCAACCUGAGGCCAUUUCUUCAUGUCCCAUUGCCUGUAGCUUCGGAGAAGUGACCCCCACGUCCUCCGAGGCAGUUGUUGGAGAUACGGUCUCCCCUGAGCCUCCUUCAGUAGGUAAAUAGCCCCAGCUCCCCUAGCUCUCUUCGCAACACUUGUUCUGCAAACACGCUGCUAUGAAUCAGAAGACCCGAGGCAUCAGCACGUCUCCCAGCCACAAACGCGCGCUUCUGCCUGCAUCCCUUCCUUUCGGGCUCGACAACGGAGCCUCCCGCUGCGCCUCUCGUUCCCAUCACAACGCGAUCUGCAUAAUUACCGCCUCGACACCUACGGGCUUCCAACACUCGGCGUCCCGGCCCGGCCCCGAGCCGAGAGGCCAGACGGCGGCCUCGGCUUUGUUCCCUCCCCGCUCCGGCUGCCGAGUGGGAGGGGACCGGGCCCGCCCGCGCCCUGCCUGCUGCUGUGGGGAGGCGCAGCGGCGGCGGAGCGGAGCGAGCGGCGCAGCGCGGCGCGGGCGCGGCUCCCGCUCCCGGCGCUCCCUUCCCAGCGCCCGCGGGCCCGGGCGCUGCCGUGCGUCGGCGCGGCGAAGGGCCGACGGGAUGGAGGCCGCCUUGCUGAAGCCGGCGAUGAUGGCGGAGGUGAAGGGGAGCGGCGCCGGCGCGGCCGUGAGCGCCGAGCUGGAGGUGCGGAAGCUGCAGGAGCUGGUGCGGAAGCUGGAGAAGCAGAACGAGCAGCUUCGCAGCCGUGCCGCCGCCGCCGCCCGCCCGCCCAGCCCGCACCUGCUGCUGGCCCCGCCGCCGGCCCCCGCCGCGCUGCGCCCUGCCAGCCCCCCCGGGCCGGCUUCGGUCCCGGUCCCUGCUCCGACCCCAGCUACGCCCUGCGUGUCCGGCCCGCUGCCCGGCGCCUCGCCCGGCCCGCAGGAGCCCCUCGCCUACUUCAAGGCGGCCGGCGGCGGGCAGGAGGCCGGCGGCACGGGAGGGGGCACGGUGCUGGACGAGGUGGCGGUGCUGGAACUGGAGGACGGAUGCUGCGGCCAAGACGAGGAUACAUGGUUGUACGUCUUGCCUAACAAGACUCUCACUCUUCAAGAGAAAUCAGUGAGUCCUCUGCAGUGGUGCAGACGUGUUCUGGAUCAUCCAAGUCCUGAGAUAGAGGCUGCGAAACGUUCCCUAUGCUUUAGACUGGAACAAGGUUACAUUUCUAGAAAUUCCCCUUUGAGCCCACAGUCAUCAAUAGACAGUGAGCUGAGCACCUCAGAGCUGGAGGAUGAUUCUAUUUCCAUGGGAUACAAACUGCAGGACCUCACCGAUGUUCAGAUUAUGGCCCGUCUACAGGAAGAGAGCCUUAGACAAGAUUAUGCUUCGACUUCAGCAUCAGUGUCAAGACACAGUUCGAGUGUAUCACUGCAUUCGGGAAAGAAGGGGACAUGCAGUGACCAGGAAUACGAUCGCUACAGCCUUGAGGAUGAGGAAGAAUUUGACCACCUCCCACCCCCACAGCCACGACUCACACGCUGCUCCCCAUUCCAGAGAGGGAUCCCACACUCACAGACUUUCUCCAGUAUUCGGGACUGCAGAAGAAGCCCUACUUCCCAGCACUUUCCUUCAAGUACUUAUCAGCAGCCCUACUAUUCUCCUCAAGUCCAAACUCCAGAGCAGCAACCAAAUAGGAUGAACGGAGAUAAACUCCGAAGAAGCAUGCCUAACCUAGCUCGGAUGCCAAGUACCCCCACCAUUAACAAUACUGCUGGCUUUGCUAGUUCUCCAGUCACUGUGAGGAACAGUCAGAGCUUUGAUUCCAAUCUACAUGGAGCAAGUAAUGGGAUUUCAAGGAUGCAGUCGAGUAUUCCAUCUCCUGGACAGCUUCAACACAGAGUUCACAGUGUGGGACAUUUUCCAGUGUCUGCCAGGCAGCCUCUCAAAGCUACUGCCUAUGUAAGCCCAACUGUACAAGGUAGCAGUAGUAUUCCAGUGUCCAACAAUCUACAGUUACACUCUAGUACUGGGAUCCCAAUGCCAAACAAGGUUGCCAGUCAAGGGAUUUUGGGGCGCAGUGCUCUUCCAAGACCCUCAUUGGCCAUCAAUGGGAGUGGCAUACCCAGAAGUAAAAUUGCACAGCCAGUUCGAAGUUUUCUUCAGCCUCCAAAGCCACUUUCAUCACUCAGCACGAUGCGGGAUGGGAACUGGAGAGAUGGCUGCUAUUGAUGAAUGAUGCCCAUGAACAAUGGAAAAUAAGUACUACGGAUUUAGUACGACAGAUUUAAUUACCCAGCUGGCUGGGUAACAAUGAUUUGGAAAAGGAGCAUCAUGCAAUAUUAUAUCCCCUGGGAUUUUAAUAUGUAAACAUCCAUAAUGCAAUGCUGUUUUUUUAAAAACAAACAUCUCAUCAAAUACUAAAUAUUGCACUUCAUCAAUUUCCUGAACAUCUGCGUCCGACUAAUAAUGUCAGAAUUAUUGUGUAGAAUUGAAGAAAGUACUACAUAUGUGCAAGGCACCAGAACAUUUCCUUAGAAAGAACUUGGAGUUAAGGGUUUUGGGGCAGUUUUGCUCUACUGAAAUCCUAAGAUAAUUUAUUCAGUAUAAAGGCAUUGUGUAUUUUAUUUUGAAUUUUGGGGGGACUUACUUAUGUGCUUGAAUUUUUUUUAGCGUUUCCAGUAUAUUUUAUUUUGUAUACUUGAGUUCAUUUCAACUUGCCUGAACUUUGAACAACAGAGAAAUGAUUUAACUUUUCUGUGCCAUAAAUAAUAUUUUUGGGGCAAUGUACUUUUUUAGCACUAGGAACAUAUCUUACAAAAUUGUACCAUUGGCAAUACAAAGCAGUAUAUUUAUGUUGCGAAAGCACAAAAAAAGUAGCACUCACUGGAGACUGCCAUCCAGCAGGGUCAGCAUGGUUUUGUUGGUCUUUCACCAUUUGUUCAAUUGUUAAUUUAUUGUCAUAGUGUUUUGUAUUUAAAAUGGCAUCGUAAGUCACACUGCACUUACAAAGAUACGGUGAUCUCUACGACUAUGUUUGGUUUUCAGUACUUUACUACAAAGAAUAAAAUUGUAAUGUUUUAUUAACAGUUGCUUAUGUAAAAUGAGUUUUAAUGUGAAUAAAUCUUUUUGAUAGAUCUUUUACAAAACCCAAUUGCACUAAUCAAUGCUUUCUUAUAAUGGCAUAUGACUUAAUAUUUGAUUACAACUGUGUAUACUGCUGUUUUGGAAUGUUUCAGAAAUAAAGAAUCUAUUUCAGCAAUAA